UAUAGUCUAAGGCACAGACAAAGCCAAAGAAAUUUUUUAUUUACAAAUUCAAAUAGUCAUUCACAAUUCAUAUAAAUUAUAAAUGGAUAGAAUGAUAUGAUUUAACUAUUAUAACUAAAAAUGAUUAACAAAUUAUGGAGUUUGUUUUGCAGAGGCCGAAGAAAAAAAAUAACUAGUCUGAUCUUCAUUUUAAUCAUUCUCAUAAAUGCUAUGUUUUAUGUCAGUUUACUUUUAUAUAAUUCAAUACAAAAAAAUAAGACCAAACCUUGGUAUGAAAGCUUGCAGUAUGAUAAAGACUCAUAUGUGGAUAACAGUGGAAUGAGAGUGGUUGUGGGUCAUUAUGUUGGAGGGAAUUCAGGAGGAAAUCUAUCUCAAGAAGUGGUACAUAGUAAUAAUUAUGCACCGGUUGACGGAGCUGGUGAGGGUGGAAGGCCAGUGCAGCUAUCUCAGCGUGAAAUAAUAACAGCAAGAGAAUUAUAUCCUUUACACUCUUAUAAUAUUCUUGUAAGUGACAAAAUAUCUAUCAACAGGAGUCUUCCAGAUAUGAGGAGUGAGAGUUGCAGAAAUGUGCAAUAUAUCAUUGAAAACUUGCCGACCGCAAGUGUAAUAAUAGUCUUCCAUAACGAGGCCUGGUCCACACUGAUGAGAACUGUGAUGUCGGUUAUUUUGAGGUCUCCUGUAGUUCUAUUAAAACAAAUUAUAUUAGUGGAUGACGCGAGUGAUAGAAAGUAUUUAGGUAAAGAAUUAGAGGAGGGUAUUCGUAAAUUAAACAAAGUACAAAUUCUUAGAAGUGCAAAUCGAACGGGUUUGGUUGGAGCUCGACUCAUGGGAGCGAGGGAAGCGACAGGAGAUGUACUCGUCUUUCUUGAUGCUCAUUGCGAGGUAACGAAUGGUUGGCUGGAGCCACUUUUAGAUCGCGCAGGAAGCGACGAUGUAUUUAUAUGUCCACAUAUAGAUCUGUUAUCUGAUGACACAUUAGCAUAUACAAAAAGCAUUGAUGCUCACUGGGGCGCUUUUAGUUGGCGUCUCCAUUUCCGCUGGUUAAUGCCCAGCACCGAAGUAAUGCAAACAAAGACCAAUCAUCCAUCUAGACCUUAUCCAACACCUGCAAUGGCAGGAGGGCUAUUUGCUGUUAGGAAAAGUUUAUUUUGGCGAUUGGGCAGCUACGAUGAAGGCAUGGUGAUAUGGGGCGCGGAGAACUUGGAACUUUCAUGGCGUGCUUGGCAGUGUGGGGCAAGAGUUGAAAUAACACCAUGUUCUCGUGUGGGCCAUAUAUUUAGAAGGCACAGCCCAUACAAGUAUCCUGGAGGAGUUGCGAAAGUCCUGAACUCAAAUCUUGCCAGAGCUGCGAUAGUGUGGAUGGACGAAUGGGCGGAUUUCUUCUUCAAAUUCAAUCCGUCUGUUGCGGCGAUUCGCGACCAACAAAGUGUAUCGGAUAGGAUGGAGCUCAGGAAUCGGCUGCAGUGUAAAAGUUUUAAGUGGUACUUAGAGAACGUUUGGUCGCAACAUUUCUUCCCAACUGACGAUAGAUGGUUUGGGAGAAUUCGUAGCGAAAAGGGUAGCUGUUUAGGAGUUAGUUCGGGAACACCUGGUCUUGGGGGACCUGCUGCUGGUAUCAGCUGUGGAAGUGAUCUUGACUUGGAGAGACUGCUUGUGUAUACAAUGGAUGGGAGAAUAAUGGCUGAUGAAGGCCUUUGCCUGCAGCAAGGUAACGGAAGAGCUGUCUGGAAGACAUGCAAUGAAAGUAAGAAACAAGUAUGGAACCAGAAAGGUCCCCGAUUAAAAACUCCAGACGGCCUAUGUCUAACGCAGUUGAUUAGUACCAGUACUAAUGGCGUUGGUGAUCCACUGACAGCUAAGCGGUGCGUUAGUGACAUGGGCCAGAUAUGGCACUUUGAACGCGUGCCUUGGAGAUAAUCUUGUGACAAAUGUACAAAUUUAUGACUGACUCAAUACUGUAUAGCCUGAAAGACUGCACAUGAAUAAUUCCAUUUCACAUUAAUUACACUAUUGUAUUAUCAUAUCUUAAUCCAUAUAUCACAAUCAAAACAACUAAAACCCAUUCGGUAAUACCUUUAUACUUGCUAUUUUAAUUUGAAUAAUUCCUCCUUUUAAAAGGUUAAUUCUAUUCAAUUUUUUUUUUAUUUGUUUAUUAUGAAAAUAAUUAGGUAAGGAUAAAUUGAUGAUAAACUAGUAGGUAACAAGAUGUGCAAUUAUAAAGGAUAUACUCAUGAGAAUGUUAAAGAAAACAUAUCAAAAGAAUUGAGUAUGUUGUUUUAUCUACACCCAUGCUUUAAAUCCUCUAUUAAAGAUUCUGAAACAGUUAGCUUAUUGCCAACAUUAGAACACCCAAUGUCGUAAUAACCAUUACAUCAUCCAAACGAGUGUUGUAAUGUUGUACUGAAUUUCAUAACAACACUCAUUUGUUUUUUUUUCGAUCCCUUCAUGCGCAAAGAGUUUCAACAGACAGCCACAUUCUUAUUGCUCGAUGCGUGGUAUCUGUAUGAAUUUCAAAAAAGAACAUUUUCGUACCGAACGACCAGAACGUCGCGCACCGUAAAAAAAGUAGGUUAUUCGAAUCUCCGCCAUUUUUCUUCGAUAUUUUUAUUAUUUUGUGUACAAAAAUGAGCGAUUCAAGUUUUGACAGCACUCCGCCAGAUAUUUUAAAGGCUGCAAAAGAACAUAAUAUUUAAGUGAAUUUUAAUAAUUGCACUACACAAAAUGUAAAUUACUACUAAAAUAAAUAAUUCUUUCAUUAAAACUUAGUUUGUUUAUAUAUAAUCAGUAAUGGAUGACAUUAGGUUACUACUAGGACUGGCUGUUUUAAUGUUAGCAUUAAGCUAACUGUUUCAGAAUCUUAAAGAGCAUAUUCAUAUUAUGGGUGUCGAUAAAGUCUUGUAUGCAACUGUUGAUAAUUAGAUAUUAAAACACUCAUGUGAUGAUAUUACACAACAGUUGCAUAAAUAACUAUUAAGUAGUCACUAAGUACACAAAUAUUGCCAUAUUUUACGUAACGUUUGGAUAUACGAAACAAAGGUACAUAUACAGAUAUACAGAUACAGGUAAGGUACAUAUAUAUAUAUAGAUAUGGAAACAAACAUACUCAAGGCACAAGUUAUAUUCUGUUCGACCAGAGUUGACAAAUAUGCAAUAUUUGGAGAUAAAACUCAGCGGGCCUUUAAUAAGCUUAUCUAUUAUUAUUAAUAGCCUCGAAUAAUACAUUUUAUGGUUCAAGAUACAAGCUGUUGUCUAGCGUAGAUCUGCCAGUCGUAAUCUAUCAAAUAUGGUGUAGCAGGGUGUAAUAGUUAAGUGUGACCAGGCUAUUAUUUCGUAACUAUUGCAGUUAUCAAUUUCUCCAGGCUCUCAUUACUAAUGGGGUUACUCUCUAACAGAUGGACCGACCAAAUAAAAGACUCCUGGUCCCCGAGGUGUAACUCCAUCGUCAGGGCCGCGAUCGACAGAAGCCGAUUGAAACAAAAAGUUCACUUAAAUUGUUAAAACUUUCGUGAGUCAUUAUUAAAUUAUAUAUUAAUACGGCUUUUCUCACGUUUUGUCGAUGUCUAAGUGGUAAAUAAAAUAGUUCACUCCAAGUGUGUAACCACUUGUUGAUGGCCACGAUCCUCACUCAUGAGGGAACUACUAGAGAGGGAGACAGAUAUCAAAAAACUUUAAACUGAUAUCGAAAGUACGCUACCUGAUCAGUAAAAUCACAUCAAUAACUUUUUAAAAAUCAAACGAGAUCUAUAAUUAGUAUCUAAAAUUUUGCAAACACUCCCAUACGUUUAAUUUGAGAUUAGUAUAAAGGAUUAGGACAUCACAUCGAACAGAUGCUUUGAAUACAAAAUUUUGUAGUAAAUAGAAAAUUGUUCAAUUAAAAUAUAGAUGUAGUAACUAGUUUUUUAGAUGGGUAAUAAACGGUCUCCUUUAAUAUAUUUUUUUUAGAUCUAUAAUGGUCUGGUCACACUUAACAAAUACAGCCUGUAUAGUGGACAUCUAUUUGUAAUAAUAGAAUAUUAAUUAUCUGAUUUUAUUUCAGCUUUAUCAACUCUCGGUUAAUAUGCUAUAUUAAACAGAGAUUAUUGAGAGUUUUGAACAAAUCAAACAGAAUUUUAUAACGAGGCGGUACUCGAACGGUUAGCUCAGUUGGUUAGAGCACCGGCACGGACCACCGGAGGUCGUGGGUUCGAAUCCCGCAACGUUCAUAAAAUUUUGUUUUUCAUAUUUUAUUUGUUUAUCUAUCCUAGAAGUGAGGGUUAUCACUUUAAAAAAAAACAUAACAUAUUGUAGUGAUUAUUUUUAAAUAGUUUAUCGCUUAGUGUAUCUUAAUAAUUUUCAUAAAAACAUGUGUUCAUGUGUUCAUGUUAAGGUUAGUGAAGAAUGAAUGAAUAAUGUACCUGAGGAAAUAAUCAUUCAAAAAUAAUAUCUAAUAAAAAUAAUACUAGUUAGAAAACCCGCAAUUUAUUUGCUAAAUCAAGGGUUAUUAACGCCGUUGGAAUUUAUUAGUUACGAUUUCUUGAAUAACAUUAUGUGUUAUGAGUAAUAUAAUUAUUGUUAAUAUAUAUUAUUAAUACUUCUCCACGUUGUUGCCAAGUAUUUGACGUGCAUGAGACAUAUAUAUUAGUAGCGAAUCCAACCAAACCCCUGCCCGAGCUCCGGAAUUUUUCGAAUUUCGGGAUCAAAUGUACCUCCGUAAUGUAUGGGAUGAAAUUGUAACGAAUAAACAAAUUUGUAUUUAUAAUAUUAAUUAGGAUAUGAAAUGAGUUCCGUUAAAUUAAGUUUGCCUCGCAAUUUAAACUUUAAAACUAAUAACUGAAUAACUUUAUAACCUUAGAUCAUAUAGACGUUUAGAUAGACUGUGACAGCUUUGAAAACGUCGAAAAAAAAAUUGAGGUUGACUGUUAACCUCUAUUUUGAGUAAUGCACGGACACUAGUACAAAGUGACAUACGAAUUGCGAGUGUAAGACGUAGGUUGUCACGCACACUAAAGUAAUAAACCUGGCCUGUUUUCAUCGGUUGUCUAGCAGCAAGAGGCUCUGUCUAAACGUGUAAAUUAUCUAAGUUUAUAAGCUUCUGAAUAUCAGAGUUUCCGGAAAGAAUUCUAGAAAAUAUUAUUAUAAUAAGGUCUCUCAGAGGCGUAGGAAGUAGUCACGGUAGUAAUUAAAUAAUUUAUUAAUAAUAUUGACACACUUUUUACACAAAUUAACUUGCCCCAAGUUAAGCAUAUAUAGCCUGUGUUAUGGGUUACAAGACAAUGAUAUAUUUAAUACAAUAUACUUACUUAAACAUACAUAAAUACAUUUAAACAUCCAUUACUCUGAGACAAUUUCUAUAUUCAUCAUAUAAAUGCUUGCACCUACCGGGAUUCGAAACCGGGACCUCUAGCUUAGUAGGUAGGAUCGCUAACCACUCGGCUAUACAGAUCGUCAAAGGCAACGGCCUUGAGGAAUCGAGCGGAGCUAAGUAGGUUACCUCUCUCGCUUUAGUUCAGAAUGAGAAGCAUUUUUAAUUUAUUACAAACAUUAUACAAUUUUCUUUAUAAAACCAACAUAACUAUGUCAUGUUAAGUAGUAUUGGUGUACAAUUAAUAAAUUUUCGUACAAUUUUUAUCUAGAUUAAAUGAUGGCUCCAACUGUAAAAGUUAGGGGUAUUUUGGUGAUUUUUAUUUGCACUGUGUGUAAAUAAUAGAAAUGUAAUGAAAAAAUGAAUUUUCUUCUCAUAUUCUGUAGAUAUAUAAUUAUUUUUUUGUAAAAGGUUUCAACUAUGCGCUAUUUUCUCGAUUGCUUGUGAUAGAAGCCUUGAAGCCUUCGCUUUCCUACGCGCGUCAUCUGUUUUCGGACUUGUUAGACUGACUAGUGUUUUACAGCCAUUCCCAAUAUUCAGCCUAUCUCCGCUUGUGGCUGAGAGAACAGAUCGUUGACUUUUCAGUCCCAAUAAACUUAUCGACGGUAACUCAUCUUAUCCGUACACGCUGUCUGUCAAUGGGAAGACGCAUAGCUUACCAGGGAUAGAAUUUUUGUAUGGAAACUGCAACAGUGAACUGGCGAUAAGAAUGACUUAUCGGGUAUAUUGGGACAGUUUCAGAUUAUUGACAGCUAGUUACUGACAGUAGAAGGUAGUAUACAUCUAUCUGUAAAUAGUAUAUUGGGAACGGCCGUUAGUAGAGUAGCUAAACUACGCGUUCCCGUUAUACUUAUAGGUAUAUUGCGCAGUUCUGACAUGUGAAGUGUCUCUAUGGAAUCAAACUAUUGCUAUUCUAGUGUAUCUUAGCUUUACUAUUGUAUAUCUUUAUCGAGAAAAUUUAUUGAAUUAGGCGUUACUUUGCGGAAAUCCAUUAUUAUACAAAUGAUUUAAGUUUUCUUUAGUGUUAAUUCCGCCAAUAUUUGUUUAUAAAAAACAAUUCGACACGUGUUUCGCCACACGAGACUCGUGCCAGAUUUUGGCGAGACAACACGUCCUGAGUAUGCCUCGUGUAGAGGCGAAACGCGUGUCGAAUUGUUUUUUAUAAACAAAUAUUGGCGGAAUUAACACUAAAGAAAACUGAAAUCAUUUGUAUAUCUUUAUCAAGGCAGCCUAAUUUAAUACGGUGAAUGUGUAAUUUUCUUCCAAAAAGCUUUAAACUUCUCGCCCUUAGUAUAAGUAGGUACCUAUCUAAUUACUUAUUGCGCAUUUAUUUGAAUCUCUGUUAACUAUUUAUGUAUUAUUCAAAACAUAUAUUUAAGAAUUUAAUUAUACCUUGUUAUAUUAUAAUAACGUGUUGAAAGGACUAAUGAAAUUAGGGUUCUAGUCUUAACUAUGUUAGGAAUAUACUGUUUUAUUAAUAAACGCAAUGUAAAAAUUACUUCCAAGUUUAAAAUUACAUCCACAGUGGGAGGCUCCUUUUGCACAGAAUACCGGCUAGAUUAUGGGUACCACAACGGCGCCUAUUUGUACCGAGCAGUUAUGUGUAAACAUUAUCGUAUUGCGGUCUGAAGGGCGCCGUAGCUAGUGCAAUUACUGGGCAAAUGAGACUUAACAUCUUAUGUCUCAAGGUGACGAGCGCAAUUGUAGUGCCGCUCAGAACUUUUGGGUUUUUCAUGAAUCCCGAGCGGCACUGCAUUGUAAUGGGCAGGGCGUCAAUCAAUUACCAUCAGCUGAAGGUCCAGUCUGUAGUGACAAAGAUUUGGAAUUACUUUACUUCGCGUUUAUUAAUAACUCAAACUAAAUUUAAAAUAAUCAUAUCAAUUGAGAUUGUGAAAUUAUUUGGGUAAUCAAAGUUUGUAAAUAAUAAUACAUAAACAUGAUAAAAGGUGCUGUGUAAUCCUAUGAUUAAAUGUUUUAUCAUUAUUUUUACUUUUAUACAAGAUUAAUUAAAAUAAAUUAAUAAAACUUAUUACCAUU